AUGAAAGUGACUGCAGUGCUCCUAUUGGCCCUGGCCAGUGCCUCUGCUGGCCCUCUGUCCAGCUUAAGGCCCGUUCAUCCUCGUGACAGGACAAUAGAACAAUCCAUUGAAAGCCGAAUUGUUGGCGGAAACUACGCCUAUAUAGGACAAAUACCCUAUCAAGUCGGCAUUACAUUCGAUUACGGUAGCUCAAGCGGGUUUUGCGGUGGCUCUAUCAUCAGCAACGAAUGGAUUUUGACCGCAGCCCAUUGUACCGACAAUGCUGAUUCGGCUACAAUUUACGCUGGAUCUAUUCUUCUGAAUACAGGCGUAAAACGAACUGCCUCGAGCCAAAAUAUUAAACAGCAUUCCGACUACAACGAAGACAGCCUUGUGAACGAUAUCGCUCUGAUCAUGUUGAGUCAAGCAUUGGAAUUUGGUCCGACCAUUGGGAAGGUCGGAUUGCCCCCGCUCACCGGUCCUUACGAUACCUACGAGGAUCAGACGGCCAGGGUUUCGGGCUGGGGACUACCCGAUACUAACGCAAUUUUACAAACUUUUUUCCUAAAGUACGUCGAUGUUAUGGUUAUUUCCAACACCGAUUGCAACUUGGCAUAUCCAGGUUUUAUAAAACCCUCACAUUUGUGCACUGCCACAAAUACAGGCAAGGGCACUUGCUAUGGCGAUUCCGGAGGACCCUUAACCGUUGAUAACGGAUCCACCGAAGACACACAGAUUGGAAUCGUUUCGUUCGGAUCAUAUCUAGGAUGCACUGCAGCACCAAGUGCCUAUACCCGUGUAAGCGCAUAUCAAGAUUGGAUUUAUGAAAAAAGCGGUGUUUAA